AUGCGCGGUGGGCGGCGCGGUAACCUUGGCAGCGCGCCCCCGCGCAUGCGCACUGCGCCCCCCCGCCGCCGCGCGAUGCUGCCGCUGCCGCCGCGCCUUGGCCUCGUGCUCCGUGAGGGGCUCCCCCCGCUCCCGCAGGAUCCCCCAUCCCCGCCUGCCCCUCGGCCCGCCCCGCCCUUCACCUUCGCCCCCCGCCGCCUCCGCCUCGGCCCCCAACACCCGCUGUUCGAGGAUGGGGACGUGCACAGGCACCUCUACCUGCAGGGCGUCCUCACCAGCCUCGAGGAGGUGCCCGAGAGACCCAAGGUGUCCGAGUUCAGCUGCCACAUCUCCGGGUGCAGCCAGGUGUUUGACACACUGGAGAGCUACGAGCACCACUACAACACCCUGCACAGGAACGUCUGCUCCUUCUGCAAGCGCUCCUUUCCCUCUGGGAAUCUCCUGGACAUCCACAUCUUGGAGUGGCACGACUCCCUCUUCCAGAUAAUGGCCGAGAAGCAAAAUAUGUACCAGUGUCUGGUGGAAGGCUGCACGGAGAAGUUCAAGAGCAGCAAGGACAGGAAGGAUCACUUGGUGACCGUGCACCUGUAUCCUGCUGACUUUCGCUUUGACAGGCCCAAGAAGGUGAAAAGUGGCUCCAAGCACAUGAGCUCUCCCAUGGAGCAGGGCACCAGCGUGCCCAUGGACGUGAGCGUGGAGAUGGCAGAGCAAUUCCAGGUGAAUCCCAUGGAAACAGGGCCUGAGGAGAACAUGGAGAUCUCUCAGCCCGCAGCCAGCCCCGGCCCCCCGCUGCCAGAGAAACGGCUCUACAAAUCCAGGAUCCCGUCCACAAUUUGCUUUGGACAAGGUGCCACCCGAGGAUUUAAAGGACCACGGAAAAAAGUCUGAAGGUCAGUGCAGCAGAUUUGUGCAAGAUGAGCAGGCACGGAGCCAGUGCCGCCCGGGAUAUUUCCAGUUCCCGCUCCAUGGAAUAAACCACCCAAACCAAUUAAAGCUCUGCCAGCAUUUGGGCACGUGCUCCUGAUGUCAGACAGAACUGGCAUCACCUGACUGAGUUAAGAAUCCUCAAGACUUGAGGAAGGUGAACCCUGAAUGUGUGGUGAGCUGUUAAGGAAACUGUCCUGCAGCUGAGGCUGCACAGGAUUGGGUUAUUUUUUCCCUCUUGGAGGUAAAAAAAAUGGAUUCAAGAAGUUACAAGAUGACAACGUGACUGUAUGGAAGCUGGAAUAACUGAGAAAAGAAAAUGGGGGGAAAAACCCCGUUGGUCCUCAGUUCUGACUUCCUCCAUCUGACUGAAGUCUCCUCUGCACCCCGGCACCUGCUCUGAAAGGUCUGUCUGGGCCAGGAGAAGCUUUUUCACAGGGAGUUAAAAUAAAGUGACUUCCAACCAGAUGAAUAAAUAAAAGGAAUUUUU